AUGUCCACAACGAAUGAAGAAUCGAGUCCAAAUCUGGGACCGGAACUGCUUCAGACCAUUUGGAUAUUUGAAGCCAUCUCAAUUCUGAUCGUGAUGCUUAGAGUUGUGUCUAAAGCUCGAAUCAGAAAGUUUGCACUAGACGACGUCCUGGUAAUCCUUGCUUUGUGCACGUCUUCGGCCGGAUCAGCUAUACUCACCAUCGGUAUCAAACAUGGAUAUGGUCAACAAGUGUGGGAUAUCAACCCCGAGAAUGUUUCCAAGGUCAUUUUGUACGAUUAUCUGUCCCAAGCUUUAGGGUUAGCAGGUGGAGCAAUUAGUCGAGUCUCAUUCAUUGUUUUAAUCAUUAGCAUACUUGGGACGAGAAAGGCUUAUCGAAUUGUGCUGUGGGUUCUCGUUGGAGCACAAAUCAUCAUAAACUCGCUCUUCAUUCUUGUAAUAUUUCUACAAUGUCCAGGAUAUACUUCGGCUAUAUGGAAUGUGACUGGUGAAGGGAAAUGCUGGGACCUCCGAGUCCAAACAUAUUAUGGAUAUUUUCAAAGCUCCUUCAAUUCCGUGACAGAUUUCUAUCUCGCAGCAUAUUCGACAUACAUCUCAUGGAACUUGAAACUCAAGUUGGGCAUCAAAUGUGGCCUGAUAGGCCUUCUUAGUCUUGGAAUCUUUGCGAUGAUAGCGUCAAUUAUAAAGACCUUUCAGAUUCACGUUCUUGCUAGUAUUGACAGUGAUCCAACUGUGGCAACGGCUGACCUCGAGCGCUGGCUCUAUAUUGAGACUUAUCUGGUUAUCAUUACGGGAUCAGUUCCUUGCAUCCGAUCACUGAUAAGCACGAAGAAAUCGGACUCGGGUAACACUGAUACAAUUACGCGAGUGUAUAGUACUACUACGGCCCAGAGUUAUGGACUUUCUAUGAGAUCCGGCAUUCAACCAUCCAUUACUAGAUCGCAUGAUGGCGGAUCUAUCUCGAAUAAAUUAUCUGGAAGCGAAGUCCACAUCAUUGAAGAUGCGGCAUGCAGGGAAAUAACCGACUUUGAUAACUGGGAGCAAUCCUGUCGGCCUUUAUCUUGCGACAGGGGUCCUAAUGGCUCAAGCCACAUGUUGAUGCAUGAUACAAGAUGUUUGUCCACGAUUCAGACGAUAUUUCAACUACCACUUGCGAACUUUGACUAUGAGCUCGCUUUGAAGACUGCAAGCAAUCUGCGGCGGUCUCGCGCCACCAUAGAGCCGUGA